AUGUCAAGCAGUACAACGCCAGGUACCGGGACGCCGGUUCCGUCAACGCCCGGUGCGCGUUCCAUUGCUACAACCCUCCCAGUGGCCGGCAAGACGAUCACGGUGCGGGCGUGGAUCGCCGACAAGUAUCUGCGCCGGGGCAAGAACUACAUCGUCACCGAGGCGGUUUCGGUUGACGAAGAUGGGCGGCUCAUCGACCGUGUGAUUACCCACGAGCUCAAGCAGCCCACGGAGGUAGGCAAGAAAUGGGGAGGCUAG